GAUAUGAGCGGGGCCAGUAAUACUCUGGCGAGGGAGUUCCUCACCGACGUUCACCAGCUUUGCAGCGCCGUGGCUCAGAGGGCGGAGUCACGGGGAGAGGAGGACGAGGAGAGUCACAUGGUUGCCCUGGGCGAAUACCUGGUCAGGGGUAGGGGCUUCUUGCUGCUCAGCGCCCUGGACUCCAUCAUCGACCAGGAGCUGACCUGUAGAGAGGAGCUGUUAACCCUGCUGCUGUCUCUACUGCCACUGGUCUGGAAGAUACCUGUUCAAGAGCAUAAGGCACCAGAUUUCACCCUGCUGUCUCUGCUGGAAGUGUUCUUGAGCCGGGAGGUGAAUGCCGUCCCCCAGAGGGCGGGGAAAGACCAGAAGACCGGGUCAUUGAACUCUGAGAAGCGGUCACGCGGUGGCGGCAGCAGUAGCUCCACCUGGAAGGUCCUGCGUCGCUCCCGCCGGACCGCUCAGCGCUACUCCGUAAGGGAUGCUCGUCGCUCCCAGCUCUCCACCUCUGACUCGGAUGCCAACUCUGACAACAAGGCCGUCGCCGGUGGCACAGGUGGAGUGCGCAGUCGGCGUUCUCGCGGUUCUACGAUCCGUGUGAGCUGCCAGCAUCACCGUUCGGAGGCUCCCUUGUUACCCUCGCCCCCUGUCCCCCCUCCCGAAAAGACCAUGGCUUUGCCUUUCCCGCUCCUCCCCCAACCCCGGUCGCUGGGGGGGUCCCAGACCAGCCUGGACACAGAGACCCUGACAGACCCAGCUGCCAUGUCCAUAUUCAACCGGAUGGAGAACUCUCCCUUCGACCUCUGUCAUGUUCUGCUCUCGCUCCUGGAGAAGGUGUGUAAGUUUGACAUGAGCAUCAACCACAACCCGGGUCUGGCUGUCAGUGUGGUGCCGACCCUCACGGAGAUCCUCACUGAGUUUGGAGACUGCUGUGGUCCGGGGGGAGGAGGAGAGGGCGUGGAGGAGCUGGCUGGAGGCUGGACAGAGGAGCCCAUCGCCCUGGUCCAGAGAAUGCUGCUAAGGACCAUCCUCCACCUGAUGUCAGUCGACGUGGGUCAGAGUGAGGCUCUACCGGACAGCCUGCGCCGUAGCCUGACUGACCUGCUCAGAGCCACGCUGAAGAUCAGGUCCUGCCUGGAGAGACAGGUUGACCCAUUCGCUCCCAGACCCAAGAAGACCCUACAGGAGGUGCAGGAGGACUUCUCUUUCUCCCGCUGGAGACACCGCUCCCUGCUGUUACCUGAGCUGCUGGAGGGGGUCCUGCAGGUGCUGCUGGGGUGUCUCCAGGCCUCGGCCCCCAAUCCCUUCUUCUUCAGUCAGGCUCUAGAGCUGCUUCAUGAGUUCAUCCAACAUCGCGGCCUGGAGCUGUUUGAGGCCACCGUUCUGAGGUUAGAAGGGCUGGGCCGCGCCCGGGACUCUGAGGUGGGGGGUGAGGCAGCAGAUCGUCUGAAAGGACUGAUCUCCGGGGUCCUAAAGAUCAUCAGCGCCGUGAAGACUGCCAAGUCAGAGCAACUGCACCAGUCCGUCUGCGCUCGCCGUCGCCACCGCCGCUGUGAGUACUCUCACUUCCUGCAUCAUCACCGCGACCUCUCCGGACUCCCCGUCUCUGCUUUCAAACAGGCCGCCCGCCGCAACCCCUUCGAAGAGUCCGAGGGCAAGGAGGGGGUGGGUGACGUGGUGCGUUACCCAGACAGGUGCUGUUGCCUGGCAGCCUGUGCCCACCAGUGUCUCCGUCUCCUCCAGCGCCUGUCCUCCAGUGGGCCGGCGGUGCUCCAGGUCCUAGCUGGCGUCCAGGCUGUGGGGAUCUGCUGCUGCAUGGACCCUCGGUCUGUAGUCGGCCCUCUCCUCCACGCCUUCCAGGCUCCUGGGCUCCGCUCCUACCAGUCCCACAUCCUCUCUGUCCUCUCCCGGCUGAUCCUGGAUCAGCUAGGUGGCGGACAGCCCUCUGAGAAAGCUAAGCUAGCCUCCUGUAACAUCUGUACUCUGGACAGCAGUCAGCUGCCGGGCCUGGAGGAGACGCUCCAGCAGGGGGAGGUCGGAGUGUCAUCCCCUACUUUGAGCUACCGUUCCCAUGGUAUCCUCCCCAGCGGAGGAGGAGCCGAGGAUAUGCUGUGGAAGUGGGAGGCCCUGGAGGCGUACCAGGGGCUGGUGUUCGGGGAGGACCAGGCACUCAGCCAACAGGUCGCGGGACACAUGUGUCACCUGAUGUUGAGAGGGAACGCUGUGGUCCAAUGGCAGCUCUACACGCACAUCUUCAACCCUGUACUGCAGAGGGGGGUGGAGCUAGUGCAUCACGCCCAACAACUGGGUGUGUCUACAUCGUGUAGCCAGGUGUGCACCUACCACGUCCAGUGUCUACCUGUAGAGGUGCUACUGGUCUACCUGCAGACACUACCAACCCUGCUCAAGUCCAGGGUGAUCAGGAACCUGUUCCUGUCCUGUAACGGUCUGAACCAGGUGACUGAGCUCAUCUACCUGGACCAGACCCGGGCCUGGGCCCUCAAGGUGUUUGACACGUUAAUACUUGGAGUUGGAGUGGAGCACCAGGUCCAGGAGCAUGCUGAUGCCCAGGAGAGAGAGGCCACGCUGGGCCUGGCUGAGGAGCUGGGGUCCCGUGGAGCUGGAAGUACCGCAGGUCCCAUAGGAGAGGGGGGCCCACAGAGCCUGUCUAAGUUCUACGAGUGUCUAAAAGAGGCGCGGCCAAGGGGCCGGAUUGGUCCAGGGGCAGGAAAGGGGAGGGUCCGUGGAGAGACCCAUCUGAACACCAUCAACCUCUUCCUGUGCGUGGCGUUCCUCUGCGUCAGCAAAGAGGGCGACUCGGACCGUGACUCGGUAAACGACUCGGAGGAUACGUCGGGGUACGACAGUACGGCUUCAGAGCCUCUGGGAGGGAGACUCCCCUGCCUGUCACCUGACAGCGUGGCCCUGCCCUCCAAGGAACAGGUACGGCGUGCUGCUGACGUGUGGUCGGCGUGUCGGUGGAUCUACCUGGCGAGUCCCGUGUUCCAGAGGCAGUUCUACCGGCUAGGAGGACUAGAUGUCUGUUCCCGCCUCAUGACACUGCUCAUCCAGAAACUCCCCUCUCACACCACGGAUGGCAAGGCCACGAAGAAGAGUGAUGGGAAGGACAAGACUCACCCUGACGCCUCUGCCACAUCACCAACCUCAUCACCAUCCCCAGUUGAGACAGGUUCUACCACCGCCGCCACCCUGGGAGAGGAGGAUCCAGGACAGCACCCAGCUGAAGCUGUGAGCCCAGGGCAGGGAGAGGGUGACGGGACCCAGCAGGAUCCUUCCAGGAGGCUGGAGGAAGAGUGGCCUCUACAGAGCAUCAGAAUGCUGGAGGCCCUGCUUGCUAUCUGCCUUCACAGCGCUAACUCAGGCUUGCAGAGGAUCGAACCUGAGCUUUCAUUCCAGCUCCAGUCAGUGGAGGAGACCCUGUUAGAGGUCAGGGAUCAGCUGUCCCGCUCUGGGGUCGUGAACUCUGAUCUGGCUGUGCCCCUGUUUGACUUCCUGCUCCGUGUGGCCCUGGCCGAGGUCUGCUCCAGUCCCCAACCCCAGGAGGACAAGAAGUUAGCAGUGUGUGUGGAGAGUGUGGUCCCGGCGGGGGAUCUGUCUGAGGCUGAGGAGGGAGACGAGGUGCAGGGUUGUGGUGAGUCUCCAGCGCUGGGGGAAGAGGAGGGAUACGAGGCAGACAGCGAGAGCAACCCAGAGGACAUGGCCAAGCAGGAAGAAGGUGUGAAGGUGGAUUCUGCAGGUGGAGUGGGGGCCGGGCUGGGCGGAGCGGUUGGAUUCUGGGCGAAGUCCCCCGGCAGAGAGGGCCGUGGCGUUCUUCUCUUCCCAGAGAUCUGUCUGAUGGAGCUCCAGCUGCUGGCGUCGGGGUCACCUGAUCUGGAGGUGUUGGGUCACGUGUUUCACAGCCUCCUGGGGGCCGUGAGGGCCAACCCCCGCAACGCUGCCCUGCUGUACCAUCAGGGAGCGGUAAAGACCAUUCUGACUGCUUUCCAGAGCAUUCUGUCACAAUCAGAUGCCAGCUAUAUAGACUGCCAGACGGUACUGGUGGAACUGCUGGUUGCCAUGAUGAGCCGACGAAUCACAGCCGAGGAACUGGCCCUGUUGAUCCGCCUCUUCCAGGAGAAGAAUCCGCCCACUGACAUCCUACUGAAAGGCGUCCUCCAGAUCGUCCAGGCCAACGUGGACAUGGAGCCUCUCUACUUCCUCUCCUAUCCUAUGAUCCUCGGCGGCGCGUCAUUCCCUGGCGGUACCUCCCCUGGCUCCCGACAAAAUGGGGGGUCGGGGGGGAAGGGUGUCGGGAUGCUGUGGAAGGGGGGGAAGCCGUCCCCGGGACGCAGGGAGGGGGAUGGAAGAGAGGAACCAGGACAUCUAAGGACCUCUCCGUGGCACGUUGCCCCGUUACACCUCCCUCUGGUGGGACAGAACUGCUGGCCACACAUGGCCUCUGGGUUCUCUGCCUCUGUCUGGAUAAAGGUGGCUGAGAAUGAAGAGGGAGAGAGACAUGCAGAGAAGGAGGAGGGGAAGGCUCCUACGUUGGAGCCCGACCUGGGGGCCACCCCGGAUGGGCAGAGGGUGGUGGAGGAGAGCCUGAUGCACAUUCUCUCCAUGGGCUCCAAAGCUAUGAUGCUGCAGGUCUGGGCUGACCUCUCCACUGGAGUGUUCACUUUCAGGAUGUGUAUUGACCCUAAUGAUGAGAUGAAGGCAGGGCUACUGGCCCAGGCAGAGUCAGGGGAGGGUCUAGUCCCACCUGGCAGUUGGCAUCACCUGGGUAUCAGCUACACCCAGCAGCCUGAGGGCAAGAAGAACAUCCAUGGACGUCUGGCACUAUGGGUCAACGGAGUCAGGAAGUGUGAGGUGUCUCUGGACUACACGUUACCCAGGAAGUCCAGCCUGUCUUCAGACAGCAACAAGACCUUCUGUCUGCUGGGACACUGUACGGGACACAGUGAGGACGUGACCAGACAGGGUGGACAGUACGACAUGGGCACUGUGCUGCUGUUUAACGGCUCCCGUAUCGGGUCAGAGGAGGCAUUCUACCUGUAUGCCUCUGGUCCAGACCUCACGUCUAUCAUGCCCUGUAAGUACGGUAAACCCAGCGGGACCUUCUCCAAGUACGUCACCACGGACGGGUUGAAGUGUGACACUGUCCGAGAGCUAAUGAUGAAGAACAAGGAUGUCGACACAGCAGCUCUCAUAGAGUGUCUGGCAGUAGUGUACGCCCCCAGCAGCCCCCGGCUGUAUACCAUCUAUGAGCCAGUGAUCCGUCUGAAGGGUCAGGCUAAGACCAUGGUGUCUCAGAGACCCUUCAGCUCUAGAGAGGUCCAGUCUGCGGUGCUGGAGACACACGUCCUCAGGACCAUGCUGCCUGCAGAACCACAAGGCCUGCAGAACGUCCUACACAAGAUAGGAGGAACCGGGUCCUUCGUGUUCCUCUUUGCACGGGUGGUGGAGCUAAGUGACAGUGAGCAGACCCAGGCCCUAGCCCUCCAGGUGCUACUCUCUCUGGCCAAGUACAACCAGCACCGUAUCAAUGAGAUGGACUGUUACCACGGUUACUCCAUGAUACACCAGGUCCUCAUCAAGUCCAAGUGCAUCGUGGGAUAUCAUAUUCUCAAGACCUUGUUAGAUGGGAGCUGUAGUAGUCCUAUCCUAACUCUAGGGGAAGACGGUCAGUUCCACCUGGACACAGAGUCUACAGCCGUGGUCCAGGACAUCAAGCUACUGUCUGAGGUUCUGCUGGACUGGAAGAUCUGGGCCAAGGCUCAGGGUGGUGUCUGGGAGACUCUGCUGGCAGCGUUAGAGAUCCUCAUCAGGGUUCACCACCCCCAGCAGGUGUUCAACAUCAGACAGUUUCUCAAAGCCGAGGUGGUCCACCACUUCCUGCUCACCUGUCAAGUACUACAGGAGCAUCGGGACGAGCACCUGACCUCCAUCCCACAGGAAGUGUGUCUGUCUUUCGUUAAGAUCAUCCAGGAAGUGUUGGGUUCACCUCCGGACCUAGACCUCCUCCGAUUGGUCUACAACUUCCUCCUCGCCGUGCACCCGCCCACUAAUACCUACGUCUGUCAUACGCCUACAAGCUUCUACUUCUCACUACACAUAGAUGGUAAGCUGUACCAGGAGAAAGUCCAGUCCAUAAUGUAUAUGAGAAAUAUCAACAGUGGAUGGAAAUCAGCUGGUAGCUCAGCAGUCUCUCUCUCCACGGCUGUCUUCACUGAGGACCCUCUUCCUGAAGGUACCAUCCACCUUCAGCCUCCGUCACCUGAACACGGAGGAGACGACCAGUUCCUGUCCCUCCGGCCCGCCAACCUGACGCCCUCGCCCAACUCCUCCCCGUUGCUCAGGCCCUGUGUGAGCCAUGGAGGGGCUGGGAGCCCCAGGGAGGGCCAGGAGGGAGAGGGGGUGAUUCUGGGAAGCACAGAGACUCUAAAGAGAGGAGGAGGAGGAGGAGGGAUUGGGGAGGAACAGCUUCUGUCGAGCUGUGAGUCGGCGAAAACCAUCUGUGACUCCCGAGAGGGAGGAGAGGCACGACAUACCCCGUCCAUCAGUAUCGAGGAGGUGGAGGGGAGGGGGGAGGUAGAUGGGGAGGAGGGGGUGGAGGAGAGGGGGGAGGUAGAUAGUCUGGUUGAGGGCAGCGUGGGCGGUGCCGAAUCUGAGGACCGUUUUGAUUGGGCGAGCGAUGAAGUGCCACAGAGGCCGGACAGUCUGAAGGGGAUCACAUCGUUUCAGAGGAGCUCCUCUAACCUGGCCAGCCUGGGCCUGGCCUUCCCUGCCCAGAAUGGGAGCUUGGCCCUGGGUCGCUGGCCCAGCGUGGCCGACCGUGGCACGCUACCAGAAGACUGGGAGAGCUACUCGUACUCCCCUGGAUACGAGAGGGCCUACAGCAAAGACUCUAGCAACGACAGGACCAGUACAGAGGACUGCCUGGUGUUAAUAUGCUAUGGUCUAUAUGACCUGUUGAGAGGGGUUCUGCUACUACUACCGGACCUGAUGCUGGAGGAGGUGAUGGACAAGCUGGUCCAACCUGAAGCUCUUAUCGUCCUCGUCAACCACUCCUCUCCCCUCAUCCAGCAGGGGGUUAUGAAGCUCCUGGAUGCCUACUUCAGCCGAGCUUUUAAGGAGCAGAAGGAGAAGUUCCUGAAGAACCAUGGCUUCAGUCUCUUAGCCAAUCAGCUGUACCUGCACCAGGGGACUCAGGGCCUGCUGGAGGUCUUCCUGGAGAUGCUGUUUGGACGACCUGUCGGCCUGGAGGAGGAUCUGGACUUGGAGGACAUGGAGACCAUCAGUCCCUUCCGGAAGCGUUGUAUCAUCCCAGUGCUGGGUUUAAUCGAGAACAGUCUGUGUGAGAACAGUCUGGUCCACAACGUGCUCUGUAUGCUACUGCAGCUGGUCAACGCCUGUCCCAAACUGGCUGACAUACUGCUGGAUCAUGGCCUGCUCUACGUCCUCUUCAACACCCUGUCUACCCUCAACGGCAUGGAGCACGGUAUACCUCUGAACGACUACAAGCUGCUGGUGGUAGAUAUCCAACAGCUGUUGGUCGCGGUGACCAUCCACUCCUGCUCUUCCUCUGGUGCUCAAUACUUCAGGAUCAUAGAGGACCUGAUCACACUGUUGGGCUUCAUGGAGACGUCCAAGAUGAGACGAACCCAGGAGAUGGCGGUGGCCCUGCAGUUCCGCGUCCUCCAAUCAGCUAUUGAGUUCAUAAAGACGACAGCUAAUCAGGACCCUCAGAAGCUGAGCAGCUCUGUCAACGUGCCCACCUCUUCUCACCAUGCCAUCUACCAGAAACGCAAGAGCAUCGCAGGUCGGCGUCGCUUCUCCCUGGCCCAGUCGGACAGUCUUCUGACCAGGAUGCGUUCUGUCGCCAGUGAUGAGCUGAACCAGAUGAUGCAGAGAAGGAUGAGUCAGGAGAACCCCAUCAGAGCAUCAGAGACUGAGUUCAUACAGAGACUACAGAGACUGCUGGUGCUGGCUGUCAACAGGCUCAUCUAUCAUGACGUGAGCCAAGACUUCUACGACCUGCUGAACUUCUCAGACUCCCCUGACCCUGUCGACCCUGUUGACCCUGUCGACCCUGUUGACCACGCCCCGGAGGAUGAUGGCUCCAUCCCCAGCUCAUCAGGCCACACCCCUGGCCCGCCCUCUCCCCUCCCCUUCCCCCUUCCCCCGGCCAACAUGAAGAGUUUCCAGAAAGACAUCCUCAGACUGAUGAUGGACGGGAUCAAGAUCAGUCUGGGCAGUAUGGGUCGUGGCGGGGCCCCCAGGCAGCAGUGGAGGAGGAUCCUGUGGUCGUGUCGGGACACCUUCAGGGUUCAGAUCGGACGUCUCUUGGUGCACACCCUCUCCCCUGCAUUACCCCUCAGGGACAGGAAGGAGGCGCUAGAGUUUGUGUUCGAUCCUGCAAACCCUGACUUCCUCAAGGAGAGCCUCAGCCCCGGGUUAGAGCAUGGUCCCAAGCUAGCCAUGUAUCUGUAUGAGAUGCUCCAUGACCAUAAAGAUGCUCUGAACAAAGAGGAGCAGAGUACUGUGUGCAGUUUCAUGUCAUCACUGAAGCAGUGGGGUCAUCGCUGCAUCCCGCCCAGCGCACCGUACAAACCAGACCUGCUCAAGGCUAUCAAAGAGGAACAGCUGAAAUACGAGGCGGAUGAGAAGAGCAGUAAACUGGCCUGGGAGAAGAAAAUUUCCAACACACAGAAAAGUCUGAUCCAGCGUCUGGACGGUAAGUCCAAGGACAUCUCUAAGAUCGCUGCCGACAUCACCCAGAAUGUGUCACUGAGACAGGGUAUGGAGAGGAAGAAAGUGAUCCAGCACAUCAGAGGACUCUAUAAGAUAGACCUCAGCGCCUCAAGACACUGGCAGGAACUGGUGCAGCAACUCACACACGACCGUGCUGUGUGGUAUGACCAGAUGUCGUACCCUACUUCCUGGCAGCUGGACCCUACAGAGGGACCCAACAGGGAGAGGAGACGGCUGCAGAGGUGUUACCUCACCAUCCCCAACAAGUACCUGCUCAAAGACCGACGCAAGCCAGACGACCCGGCAGCGCGGGCUCCACUGUCCUUCCUGUUUGAGGAUAAGACCCACUCCUCCUUCUCCUCCACGGUGAAAGACAAGGCCACCAGCGAACCAAUCAGAUUCACCAGACGCUGCAUCAGUGUCGCUCCCUCUCGAGAGACUUCCGGAGAGCUGCUGCUGGGGAAGUCUGGGAUGUACUUCGUGGAGGAUAACGCGGCUGACGCCCAUGACAACCAGAGUGUCCACGGGGAGACGGAGGCAGCCUCGUUCUCCUGGACCUAUGAGGAGAUAAAGGAGGUCCAUAAGAGGUGGUGGCAGCUCAGAGACAACGCUGUGGAGAUCUUCCUCACCAACGGACGGACUCUCCUGCUGGCCUUCCACACCACCAAGUUCCGUGAUGACGUGUACCACAACAUCCUGACCUCUGACCUUCCCAACCUCCUGGAGUACGGUAACAUCACGGCGUUAACUCACCUGUGGGGCUCGGGGCAGAUCAGUAACUUUGAGUACUUGACGCACCUCAACAAACACUCUGGGCGGAGCUUCAACGACCUGAUGCAGUACCCCGUCUUCCCCUUCAUACUGAAGGACUACAUUUCAGAGACACUGGACCUGGGGGACAGCGCCAUCUACAGGAACCUGAACAAGCCCAUAGCAGUCCAGUCUAAAGAGAAGGAGGAUCGCUAUGUGGACAACUAUAAGUACCUGGAGGAGGAGUAUCGUAAAGGUGCGCAUGAAGACGACCCCAUGCCUCCUGUCCAGCCGUACCAUUACGGAUCUCACUACUCCAACUCUGGCACGGUGCUACACUUCCUGGUUCGCAUGCCUCCAUUCACCAAGAUGUUCCUGGCCUACCAGGACCAGAGCUUUGAUAUCCCUGACCGGACGUUCCACUCUAUGAAUACAACAUGGCGUCUCUCCUCGUUCGAGAGCAUGACUGACGUCAAGGAGCUAAUACCGGAGUUCUUUUACCUCCCGGAGUUCCUGGUCAACAGAGAGGGUUUUGACUUUGGUGUGCGUCAAAACAGUGAGCGUGUGAACCACGUCAACCUGCCCCCCUGGGCGAGGAACGACCCUCGUCUCUUCAUCCUAAUCCACCGCCAGGCCCUGGAGUCAGACCAGGUCUCUCAGACCCUCUGUCAGUGGAUUGACCUGGUGUUUGGGUUGAAACAGAAGGGCAAGGCAGCUGUACAUGCCAUCAACGUAUUCCACCCAGCUACGUAUUUCGGUAUGGACGUGUCGUCAGUGGAGGACCCGGUUCAGCGGCGUGCUUUAGAGACCAUGAUCAAGACGUACGGACAGACGCCCAGACAGCUGUUCUCUGCAUCCCACAUCAGCAGAGCCGGACCCAGACUCAUUAUGGAGGGAGAGCUUCCUGCUGCCAUGGGCCUCCUGGUGCAGCUGGCCUUCAGAGAGACCAGGGAACAGGUCAAAGAUAUAGUUUACCCGAGUCCCCUGUCCUGGAUCAAGGGCCUGAAGUGGGGUGAGUAUGUGGGCUCCCCCAGCUCUCCAGACCCUGCAGUGUGUUUCAGCCAGCCCCAUGGAGAACGAUUUGGCUCCCUACUGGCUCUCCCUACCAGAGCCAUCUGUGGACUGUCACGCAACUUCUGUCUCAUGAUGAUCUACAGCAAGGAACAAGGUGUGAGGAGCAUGCACAGUACAGAUAUCCAGUGGUCCGCCAUCUUGAGUUGGGGCUAUGCUGACAACAUGCUGAGGCUGAAGAGCAAACAGAGUGAACCGCCCAUCAACUUCAUACAGUGCUCUCCACUACACCAGGUAACAGCGUGUGCCUGGGUGUCUGAUGGAUGUCAGCUGUUCACCGGCAGUAGAUGCGGAGUCAUCACGGCCUACAUUAACCGCUUCAAUACUACUACUCCUACAGAGAUGGAGGUAGAGUCCCAGGUCCACCUGUAUGGCCACAGCUCCGAGGUGACCAGCCUCCAUGUGUGUAAACCAUACAGUAUCCUUAUCUCUGUGUCCAGGGACGGAACAUGCAUCCUCUGGGACCUCAACAGGUUGUGUUAUGUCCAGAGCCUGACGGGUCACAAGAGCCCGGUGACCGCAGUGUCAGCCAGUGAGACCACAGGGGACAUCGCUACGGUCUGUGACUCAGUGGGCGGGGGCAGUGACCUACGGUUGUGGACUGUGAACGGCGAUCUGAUUGGCCACGUCCACUGUCGCGAGAUCAUCUGCUCUGUGGCGUUCUCCAAUCAGCCGGAGGGAGUGUCUGUCAACGUCAUCACAGGGGGACUGGAGAACGGAGUGGUCAGGCUGUGGAGCACCUGGGACCUGAAGCCAGUGAGAGAGAUCACCUUCCCCAAGUCGAACAAGCCUAUCAUCAGUCUGACGUAUUCCUGUGACGGCCACCACCUCUACACCGCUAACAGUGAGGGGACGGUCAUGGCCUGGUGUAGGAGAGACCAGCAGAGGAUGAAACUCCCCAUGUUCUACAGCUUCCUCUCUAGCUACGCUGCCAGCUGACAGACUAGGGCCUUGGACGACUACACUACCCACAAUCCUCCUGAGAGACAUGAUUACAAUACCCAUAGUCCUUUUCUGACGCAUGGCCCCAGACUACCCUGAGUGACCGCAUGAGGGACAGAACUACAAUACCCACAGUCCUCUGCUCUUAUGGCAGCCCCCAGACCUCCUGGCAUGUUGAGAGUCAGAACUACAAUACCCAUAGUUCUCUUCUCUUCUGACGCAUUGCUCCAGACUACCCUGGGACAAAACUACAAUAACCACAGUUCUCCAGGCGGACGGAACAGCCUGAACCUCUCCAUGAGCAGUCAGUCCCUCCCCCCGUCGGGAGACGGACAUGUCAACAUGCUGCAGACGACCAAUCAAAGCCCUCAGCUCAGACCCUAAGACCCUACAGCCAUUCCCGUGCGAGCAGACUAGUGGCUGUUAACAUGAAGCUAAGAUAUGAUAUUAAAGAGAUCUAGAUAUACAUUGUAUUUGCUUUUGGAAUGUUUUGGUUUUGUUGUCGUAGUAAUAGUGUUCCUUCCUUCUGAAAUGUGUUGCUGAUGACUUGAUUGGUUGUUUGGACUGUCCUGGUGAGCUGCUACGUAACAUCUGACCAAUCCCAAGUCAGACCAGAGGGCUGAAGGCCCCGCCUCUGCUAGUGUCUGACCAAUCCAAAGCCAGAGCAGAGGGUUGAAGACCCGUCCCCGUCUCUCCUCUACGGCCAACGCAUGUGUCUCUCUCUCUGCAUGAGUCACCUGACUGAUGGCUCUUGUUCCUGAGAGACCAGGAAAAGCUUCAGUUACAGGGGCACACUGCAUAUCUGUCACCUGCCUGGAGAUGACCCUGCAUAUCUGUCACCUGCCUGGAGAUGACCCUGCAUGGCCCUGUGGGGUCUGAGAUACCCUUCCUGUCCACUCUGAACUCUAGACUACGUAGAUCAGCUAGGGGGAUCUGGGAUGACGUGGCUUGUGUCGCCUGUAAUGUCCUGCCCUGUGCCCUAAGAA